AUGCAUCGUGGACGUUCAGCAGGAGGGCAAUCUUCUAUCAAUAGAUCGCCAAGAAGACCGACCGGUAGGAUCGUCAGCAGCGACGCACAUCUGAAAGUAUUUCUCAUUUCAGGUCCUUUCACUGAUGUUACUCGAGAGAGUUACAGAGACGUAAACGGAGAAAAAGAGAUUCCGAGAAGAUGUUUGGUGAUAAAGCGAAAUCAUCCAGAGCCUGGAGUAGAAAGAACAGAACUGCGUCUGGUUACUUAUCAGAAGUCAGGGACCAGACUCGAUCAAGCACAUAUUCUGAUGGAUGCCGCUCGCUACCUGCAAGAAAGAGCGGAUGAUGCUGACUAUGAGGACACUCGUCGUAGCAGAACCUAUUCGCGAUAUUAUAGUUCCACUCGUUCAUCCUCUGGUGAAAGCGGCAGAAGUGGCCAUUAUGGGGACCAAAGAUCUGGUUCAUCUUAUGGGACAAGCGGUCCUUCGGGAGAAGCCAAGAAAGCGGCCCAACUUGCAGAUCGUAAAAAGCUUCGUGAAACUUUGGAGAAUCUAGUGGCAUACUUCGCCCGCCGAGCAGAUGACAGCGGCGAUCGGGAAUGGUCAGUAAUCACUGGGAUUGCUGAGCGACUACUCUUCGAUGUUUCUGAGUGUAUCCAAACCGAGCAGCCAAUUAGUCACGACAUGAUUACAAGGAUUAGGGGUCUCAAAAAGCUAGCCAGGCAAGCCACUUUUAAGGUUAGUGCAACCAAAGUUUGGUUGUUCCUACUAGCUAUUUGAAA